AUGGCAGAAGACGAAGUGCUUUUCGACGAUGUGUAUGAACUUUGCGAAAUCAUUGGCAAGGGUCCAUUUAGUCUUGUUAGACGCUGUGUGCACAGACAAACAGCUCAGCAAUUUGCAGUGAAGAUUGUUGAUGUUGCCCGUUUUACAGCAAGCCCUGGAUUGAGCACUGCAGAUUUAAAGCGAGAGGCAACAAUAUGCCACAUGUUGAAGCAUCCACACAUUGUGGAACUCCUAGAAACCUACAGCUCAGAAGGAAUGCUCUACAUGGUCUUUGAAUAUAUGGAUGGAUCUGAUCUGUGUUUCGAGGUGGUCCGAAGAGCAACUGCUGGAUUUGUCUACAGUGAGGCUGUUGCAUGCCAUUACAUGCGUCAGAUCCUUGAAGCGUUACGUUACUGUCAUGAAAAUGACAUAGUCCAUCGUGAUGUUAGGCCGCACUGCGUGCUACUCGCUGGAAGAGACAACUGCGCUCCAGUAAAACUUGGUGGGUUCGGCGUCGCUGCCCAACUGCCCACGCCUACUGCCCAUCGAGCUCCACCAGAACUGGUGAUGGACAAUCGGCCCCUAGUGGGUCCAAUGGGCCAAGCCUAUCUCAAAUCAGACGAGUAUGGUCGCAUUGGUACUCCUCACUACAUGGCGCCAGAGGUGGUGUCAAGCCAGUUGUAUGGCAAACCUGUGGAUGUAUGGGCUGCUGGUAUACUUCUCCAUGUCUUACUGGUCGGAUAUCUGCCCUUCACUGGAACAAGGGAACGUUUGUUUGAAGCUAUAUGCCGUGGGAGGUUGAGAUUUGAUGCACCCCUCUGGGAGGACAUAAGUGACGCAGCCAAAGAUCUUGUCCAACGCAUGUUAACUGUUGACCACACUCAGAGGAUCAAUAUACAGGAAGUUCUUAACCAUCGGUGGAUAAGGGACCGCGACAAGCAAAACCGCAUCCACCUUGCAGCCACAGUUGAAGAGCUGAAGAAAUUCAACAGUCGUCGACGAUUGAGGGCUGCGACUCUCGCUGCUGCAUCAGUGGAAGAUGAAGAGGAGGAAGAACAGCCGUCUAGAAGACAGGUGCUACUGGAAGAGGCCAAUGCAGCAGCGGUCAAUCUGUUAGUUGAAUCCCUGGAUGAUGUGGCUGUACUGCAGGAUGGCCCGGUGGUCAUGGACCCUGAUCUCUUUCACAGCGUCCUCGAUGAUCUGCAGUUACGCGCUUUGUUAGAGGUCUAUGACCGCAUAGCGUGUACGGUAGUGGUGACGAGCGGUCGAGCGCCCGCAGCCGACGGCCGAGCACGUGCACGCGCCGCGUUGGACGCCGCUUCCCGCCCACGCGCCGCUACCGCUCCCGCCGGUGCUGCACCCGCUACUGCAGCCGCUAUACACGAGUUGCGACGGGUGCUGGCUUCUCCAUAUGUCAAGGUAUUGUAA